AUGGCCCGGUCAGUGAGCCCAAAGAGCUUCAAGGACCGCAAGACGGCUCGCCCGCGCAAGCCCAAUCACACGCUCGGCGAGCAGCUCCAACUCGGCUUUCGCCCGAUGAGCAAGCCGUCGCUCGCCGGCAAGGACAAGACGGCCGAGGGCAAGAGCUUGACGACCUCGGGUGGCAAGGGCAAGGACAAGGCUGUCCAUCUCGGCGAGCUCAGCGUCAACCGCGUCCAGGACCAGCUCAACUCGGAAGACGACGACGACGACGACGACGACGACGACGACGACGACGACGACGACGACGACGACGACGACGACGACGAGCGCCUUCCCAUACCUCGGUUCAAGUUCCGCGAGGCGCCCGUCCCGGUCGCCAAAGCACCCGCCGAGAAGCUUCAGCCUCGCGCGGCGCGCGUGACCGCAAUCUCACGCAUCCGGGGCAUGAAGCCCCUCAAGUCGUUUUCGGCGAUCACGUCGCGCAGGAAGAAGCCCCUGCUCAAGGACGUCGAGGACGGCGGCAUCGUUUGGGACGAUGGGAGCUUGCCGCACUCGAGGAGGCCGACGAGGCGCCGUGACGCUCGUCUUCCCGCUGUCGCAGAGGAGCCGGUGGCUGCAACUGUCGAUGAGGACGACUACGACGACGACCCCGACGACGAGCUCCGCUUGGUCCCGGUCAAGACGCCCGCCCUGCUCCUGCCCAAGCCCAAGAAGAAGAAGAAGGCGCGCAAAAUCUCGACCCUCGUGCUUGAGGACUCGGACGACGAGGCCUUGAACGCGACGCCCGAGGUGCCGGACGUGCCUGCCCUGCCUGAGCCUGUCCAGGUCGUCGCGGCCGUCCCUCCUCCUCCUGCUCCUCCUCCUCUCGCCGCCGAGACGCCGCACGAGGUGCCUCAAGAGCACAGCGACGCCGAGGACGACGCGGCCGAGGUCGACCGCCUGUGGGACGCGAUCGAUGCCCAGUUGCUCGAGCUCGAGAUGCAGCUCAACGUGCCGCCCGCCACCACCACCUCCACCGCCACCUCUGGCGCCACCAACGCGCCAGCGCCGUACCCGCGCACGGGCUUCCACGCCGCCCUCGUCCGGCACGGCCUCGGGCCCGCUGCCUCGACCCUCUCGCACCACCAGCCCCUGCACACGCAGACGCACUCGCGCCAGCUUCCCCAGCACCCGCCCCUGCACGCGCACGAGCAACCGCACCAGCAACCGCACCAGCCCCUGCACCCGCUCCGGCGCGCAGGCCUCCAGCUCGCGCCCUCGUCGCGCGAAGCAGCUCGUCGGCGGGCGCUCGGCGAGGGGCGGGACGAGGAGGCGGGGGCGUCGGGCUCGACGACGGUCGGGCGCGAGGGGGAGCAGGUCGAUCAGGUCGAGCGGGGGCUCGUGCGAGGGCGAGCGCGCGUCGUGCCGCGCGAGGCUGAGGCGGAGCGGAAGGGGGAGGGGGAGGUGCAGGAGCCGGUCGGGCCGCUCGACGACGACGAGGGCGAGGGCGAGGGCGAGCUGAGCGGCUCGAUGAGCUUCGAGCCGAGUUGGUUGGCGAGGACGCCCCAGCGCUUCCGUCGGUGA